GGAUAUUUAGGAAUUUAUCCACCAGUUAGUCAACAUGGUGGUUCGGGAGGAUAUGGUGGUUAUCAAGGCGGUUCAGGUUGUGGUGGUGGAUGCGGUGGUGCAUCUGGCCAGGUUUACCCAGGUGGUAGAGGCAGCGGCUUCGAAGGCCAAGUCCAACCCGGAGGUCGCGGCAGCGGGGCCGAAGGUCAAUGGCAGCCCGAUUAUCGCGAAAAACAAUUUGACGAUGGCCUUUACAAAGGCGAAGGUGCCUACCAAGGAGGUUACUCCGGAGGAUACUCAGGAGGAGGAGGUGUUUAUGCUGGAGCAGGUGCUGGUGCCGGUGCUUACUCCGGAGGUGGAGGUUAUGGGAAAGGAAACUGUUGUAAUGGGAAAUAAAAGAAAUAGGAUUAAUAUAUUCACUUCAAUAAGUGCUAUAUUAACAAUAAUUUAUUAUAGUUAAAUGGAUGUACAAAUAUAUUAUUUCAUUUCGAAUAAAAAUCAUGUCACAAUUUUUGCUACAAUAAUUAUACAUAAAUAUAUAAUGUGUUCAUAUGCAA